UUAUCUCUUUGCUCGAGUACCAUGUAACAGAAAAAAAACAUAUUUGCCUUGUUGUCUUGCUGUAUUCUGCACUUAUGGCAUCUCAGUUUCACAAAACUUUGCUUUGUGCCACUUCCCUGCUGCUGCUAUUGCUUCCCCGUGCUCUUCUUGUCAAAGCUUCACUCGGAUCUCAAGGGAGGGCGUUGCUCCGCUGGAAAGCCACUCUUAGGAGUCCUCAAUCCCUGAGAUCUUGGAACCUCAAUUCUAGACCUUGCAAUUGGACCGGAGUUACAUGCAACCCCGUCACAGGCAGAGGGCGUUCGGUGAUCACCGAGAUAUCACUGCCGAGCAUGGGCUUGGCAGGGCCACUUAAUUCUCUUGACUUCUCGACAUUGGGAUCGCUCCUUCAUCUCAAUCUCUCUUAUAAUCAGCUCGGUGAGGUAAUUCCUCCGGCCAUCUCGACUCUUUCCAGGCUUGUAUCUCUUGAUCUCACUAGCAAUCAGUUCACAAGCAAAAUCCCAAUUGAGAUAGGCUACAUGAAAGAUAUCCGGUUCUUGAGUCUUAGCCAGAAUCAAAUGAUUGGUACUAUACCUCCAUCUCUGAGCAACCUCACCGGCCUUGUGUACUUGGACCUAGACGAUAAUAAGUUUGUGGGUAUCAUUCCUAAGGAGUUAGGGAGGCUCCACCAGUUGAUGUAUCUGGAUCUUGGGGACAAUAGCCUAUUUGGUUCAAUCCCUUCUGGUCUAGGAAAUUUGACAAAGCUCCACCACUUGGGUCUUUACCAAAAUCAGUUAACCGGAGUCAUACCUAGAGAAUUGGGAAAUCUAGUUAAUCUUAUUUACUUAUCAAUCUCUAAUAAUAAUCUAACAAGUGGAGUUUUCUCUUUUUUUGGAAAUCUAUCCAAGUUACAAUCAAUUUUCCUAUGGAGAAAUCAACUCUCAGGUCCUAUCCCUUUUGAGAUUGGAAACCUCAUUGAGGUUACCGAUCUCGACUUCUCAGAAAACCUAUUAACAAAUUCGAUUCCUUCCUCUAUAGGAAAUAUGACCAAAUUAAAUAUUCUUUAUUUUUGGGAGAAUCAAUUGUCUGGUUUUAUUCCUCUUGAGAUUGAAAAUCUAAUUGAAGUUACUGAUCUCGAACUCUCAACAAAUCUUUUGACUGGUCCUAUCCCUUUCUUUAUAGGAAACAUGACCCAAUUAAAAUUCUUAUCACUACAAAUGAACCAGCUCUCUGGCUCGUUCCCUCGAUCGGUUGGUAAGUUAAGCAAACUCAGAGAACUACGUGUAUUCGAUAAUAAGUUGUCUGGACCUUUGCCUAUGGAGAUCAACAAUAUUACUGGACUGACAUACCUAGAGCUGUCAAAUAAUAGCUUCGUCGGUUAUGUACCCCCAAACAUUUGCAAAGGUGGAGCCAUAAAGUACCUCACUCUUGAUACAAACAACUUCCAAGGUCCCAUUCCUACGACCUUGAAAAACUGUACGACACUAGAAAGGGUUCGUCUUGAACAUAACCAACUCACCGGAGAUGUAUCUCAAUGUCUUGGAGUGUAUCCCCAUCUUUAUUAUAUGGAUUUGAGCUUCAAUCUACUCUCCGGUACACUCUCACCAGACUGGGCAAGAUGGCACAAUCUGACGCUCUUCAGAAUCUCAAAUAACAACAUCACCGGAGUCAUACCCACCGAGUUUGGGCAGUUGACUAAACUGCGAGAGCUGGACCUCUCUUCCAACCACCUCCAAGGAGAGAUCCCAAAGAGCUUCGGCAGCUUAACCCUUCUCUAUAAUCUGAGCUUGGGCAACAACCAACUCGUCGGCCAUGUGCCUCUGGAGAUUGGAAUGCUGUCCAAUCUUGAACUGCUUGAUCUCUCAACCAACAACUUGGCAGGAAGAAUCCCAGAUCAAUUAGGCGACUGCAUGAAACUCCGAUCGUUGAUGCUUAACAACAACAACUUCAGUGGAACCAUUCCUUUGGCCAUUGGUAAUCUGGUGGUCCUUCAAGACACCUUUGACGUCAGCCACAACUCACUAACAGGGGAGAUUCCAUCCCAACUCAGCAAAUUGGUGAUGCUGCAAAGCCUGAAUCUAUCGCAUAAUUACUUGUCGGGUCAUCUUCCAUCUUCGCUAACGUAUAUGACGAGCUUGUCUACCGUAGAUGUAUCCUACAAUGAACUGGACGGCCCUAUUCCUGAUAGCCCAGCUUUCCGAAGAGCCCCAGCGGAGUGGUUUGCCCAUAACAUUGAUCUGUGUGGAGUUGUUCGAGGAUUGCCUCCAUGUGCUUCACUCGGUACUCCAACAACAGACGACCGAAGCAAGCGCCACAAAAUUGUUAUAGUAGCCAUCAUUGCUUCUGGGGUCUUCUUCCUUCUCUUGUUUAUAAUCAUUGGAGCAUUCCGCAAGAGAGAAAAAGAUACAGUACCUGUCGAUAAUAAUCACUUCAAAGAAGGUGCAUUCUGUAUAUUGAAUUUUGUUGGAAGAGAUGUAUGCAAGGACAUCAUCGAAGUCACCGAAGAUUUCGAUGCCAAAUACUGUAUCGGAAGCGGUGCAUACGGCAGUGUCUACAGAGCAGAGUUAGCAAGUGGGGAACUGCUAGCGGUGAAGAAGAUUCACCUACCAGACACCGAAGGUACAUGCGACGAGCAACCCUUUCAAACUGAGAUACAAACUCUUACUCAAAUUCGACAUCGCAAUAUCGUCAAGCUUUACGGGUUCUGCUCCUCUCCCCGACGCAAAUUUCUGGUGUACGAGUACAUGGAGAGAGGAAGUCUGGGAUCUGUCCUCCGAAGCGACACUGCAGCUGAAUUGGACUGGGUGAAGAGGGUGAGCAUCGUGAAAGAUGUUGCUCGUGCUCUGUUCUACAUGCAUCACGAUUGUGUUCCGCCUAUCGUUCAUCGAGAUAUUACCAGCAACAACAUCCUACUUGAUUCCGAAUUCAAGGCUUGUGUUUCCGACUUUGGAAUUGCUCGACUACUGAAUCCGGAUUCAUCAAAUUGGACCAUGCUUGCAGGCACACGGGGUUACCUAGCACCAGAGCUUGCAUAUACAAUGAGAGUGACCACCCAAUGCGACGUGUACAGUUUCGGAGUGGUGACGCUGGAGUUGCUGAUGGGAGAGUAUGGAGAAGUGCUCAUUUCCAUUCUGUCGUCUUCAUCGAUCAACGAUAGCUUUGUGAAAGAUGUAUUAGACCGAGGUCUACCCGUUCCUGAGGGUCAAGUUGCGGAUGAAGUAGUUGCAAUUUUGAGCUUGGCUCUUCGCAGCGUGGACAACCACCCUGAAUCACGCCCGACAAUGAAACAGGUCUCCGACAAGUUAUGCGUGGUCAGAACACCCCCACCAAGCCUCCGAUCUAUUGAUGCAUUGAAGUUUUCCGACUUGAUGAGCGUGGAGAUAUGAUCUAUAUGCACUCCUCUGUGCCCCGAUGCUUCUUUUGGUCAGGAUCGGUAGACUUUGUUUCCGUGUGGCUAGCUUUAUUAGUGGUUUCAUUCUGCAGCGUGUUAAAUAAAAACAUCGAUUGGCAAUCGAUCUCUUUUCUGCGAUUAUUUUCGACGGGGUUGUAAUCUUGGACGCUUGAAAAGUUUGAUUUGCUUGUA